AUGCUUUCGAGGAUUUGGUUUCUUCAGGGAGCUUCCCAGGUGGUCGAGUCCGUUAGAUUUGGUAUCAUGACAGAGCAAGAUGUCCGAAGAGAAACUGUUCUGAAAGUUACAAAUCCCGUAUUACUCGAUAACGUUGAGAGACCUGUACCUGGUGGUCUCUAUGAUCCUCUAAUGGGCCCUUUAGAUGAUAGAACAGCUUGUAAAACAUGUGGUCAGCUCAGUCUUGUUUGCCCUGGACAUUGUGGACGUAUCGAGCUUGUCUAUCCUAUUUACCACCCUCUGCUUUUCAAUCUUCUUUACAAUUUUUUGCAGAGGACAUGUUUCUUCUGUCAUCACUUUAUGGCUAAAAAGACCGAGGUUGAAAGAUGUGUCUCUCAGCUGAAACUCAUCAUUAAAGGUGAUAUAGUUGCCGCUAAGCAGCUGGGCUCCGAAGACAAUGAUUUAUCAGAGGAAUGUGAAGGCUCUGACAUGGGAAAGCAGAGAUGGACGUCUCUUCAGUUUGCUGAAGUCACUGACGUCAUGAAUAAGUUUAUGAGGUUGAAAUCUAAGAAGUGUGAAUCUUGCGGCGCAAAACAUUUUAAACUAGAGAAGCCUAUCUUCGGAUGGGUUCGAACGGUAGGUAUGAAAGGAUCCGCCAUUGGAGCUAAUGUAAUUCGAGGGAUUAAGGUAAAGAAGUUCGCUGGCGAUGUGGAAAAUCCCGAUGAAGGUGAUGACAGUGGUAUCGAUGGAUUAUCAGAAGUUGAAGAUGUUGCUAUAAAGAAAAGAGGAAAAUCUUCGAAAGCAGCUAAAGAGUAUGGAGAUCACAGGGAUAAUUCUAAAAGAGACCUUUUGCCUAGUGAGGUCAAGGAAAUCUUUAAAGGUUUGUGGGAAAAUGAGCAUGAGUUUUGCUCCUUUAUUGGUGAUCUUUGGCACAAUGGAUCUGAAAAAAUCGACUAUUCUAUGUUCUUUUUGGAGAGUGUUCUUGUGCCUCCUACUAAAUUUAGAGCUCCAACAAAAGGAGGCGAUAGCGUUAUGGAACAUGCUCAAACCGUAGGGCUAAAUAAGGUCUUACAAGCUAAUAUAGCCCUUGGGAAUGCCCGUACUAACAAAUUAGACCAAUCCAAGAUCAUUUCCAGAUGGAUGAGUCUUCAAGAAUCAGUCAACGUCUUGUUUGAUAGCAAAACUGCCACAGUUAAAAGCCAGAGAGAGGGUACUGGAAUAUGUCAAUUGCUGGAGAAGAAAGAGGGUCUAUUUCGGCAAAAGAUGAUGGGGAAGAGAGUGAAUCAUGCAUGCAGAUCUGUGAUAUCUCCAGAUCCUUUUAUCGCUGUCAAUGACAUUGGAAUUCCUCCUUGUUUUGCUUUGAAGUUGACGUAUCCCGAGAAAGUGACUCCUUGGAAUGUUGAAAAGUUAAGGAAGGCUAUCAUUAAUGGUCCUGACAUUCAUCCGGGAGCAACACAUUACUCUGACAAAGUAUCUACAAUAAAGCUGCCUUCUACCAGAAAAGCACGAAUAGCAAUUGCAAGAAAACUACUGUCCUCACGAGGAGUCACUACAGAACUUGGGAAAACUUGUGAUAUCAACUUUGAAGGUAAAGUUGUCUAUCGACAUAUGGAAGAUGGUGACGCCGUCCUUGUGAAUCGGCAGCCAACAUUACAUAAACCUAGCUUAAUGGCGCACAUAGUCCGUGUUUUGAAGGGAGAGAAAACACUUCGUCUCCACUAUGCAAAUUGCAGUACAUACAAUGCAGAUUUUGAUGGUGAUGAGAUGAAUGUGCAUUUUCCGCAAGAUGAGAUUUCACGUGCUGAGGCCUACAAUAUUGUCAAUGCCAACAACCAAUAUGCCAGGCCUUCUAAUGGUGAUCCACUUCGAGCUUUAAUUCAGGAUCAUAUUGUCAGUUCCGUGUUGCUUACUAAACGGGACACAUUUUUGGAGAAAGAUGAAUUUAAUCAGAUUCUCUUCAGUUCUGGCGUGACUGACAUGGUACUCAGUUCUUUUUCUGGAAGAUCUGGCAAGAAAGUCACACAAUUAGCUUCUAAUGUAGAACUAUUGACAGUCACGCCUGCUAUUUUGAAACCAGUGCCUCUUUGGACCGGAAAACAGGUUAUCACUGCAGUGUUGAAUCAGAUUACCAAAGAUCACCCACCAUUCACCGUAGAGAAAGCUACCAAACUUCCAGUUGAUUUCUUUAAAUGUAGAUCAAGAGAAGUAAAAUCUGAGAGUGGAAAACUCAACAAAAAGAAGCAAGACUCUGACGAGUCAUGGAAACAGGAUCUUAAUGAAGAUAAAUUGCUCAUCCGGAAAAAUGAAUUUGUCCGUGGUGUGAUUGACAAGGCUCAGUUUGCAGACUAUGGGUUGGUUCAUACAGUGCAUGAGCUCUAUGGUCCAACUGCUGCAGGAAAUCUGCUUUCUGUUUUUAGUCGCCUCUUUACUGUCUUUCUUCAGAUUCACGGUUUCACCUGUGGAGUUGAUGAUCUUAUUAUUUUGAAAGAUAUGGAUAAAGAGAGGACGAAGCAACUUCAAGAAUGUGAACAAGUUGGUGAAAGAGUACUCCGUAAGACCUUUGGCAUUGAUGUUGAUGCUCAGAUAGAUCCUCAGGACAUGAAAUCCAGGAUUGAACGAAUUCUUUACGAGGACGGGGAAUCCGCCUUGGCAUCUUUGGACAGGAGCGUCGUAAGUGAGCUCAACCAGUGUUCAGGCAAGGGGGUGAUGAAUGAUUUGCUGUCUGACGGGUUGCUGAAAACGCCUGGAAAGAAUUGUAUAUCGCUGAUGACAAUAUCUGGGGCUAAGGGCAGUAAGGUUAACUUUCAGCAAAUCUCUUCACACCUUGGCCAGCAAGAUUUAGAAGGAAAAAGAGUUCCCCGAAUGGUUUCUGGGAAGACAUUACCUUGUUUUCAUCCAUGGGACUGGUCCCCUAGAGCUGGGGGCUUUAUUAGUGACAGAUUCCUUAGCGGCCUUCGCCCCCAAGAAUAUUACUUUCAUUGCAUGGCUGGACGAGAAGGGUUAGUUGAUACUGCAGUGAAGACAUCACGUAGUGGGUAUCUGCAAAGAUGCUUGAUGAAAAAUCUUGAGAGCCUAAAAGUCAACUAUGAUUGUACUGUCCGGGAUGCUGAUGGGUCCAUCAUUCAGUUCCAGUAUGGUGAAGAUGGCGUGGAUGUUCAUCGGUCUAGCUUCAUUGGAAAGUUCAAAGAGAUGACAAUAAAUCAAGAUAUGAUCCUCCAAAAAUGCAGUGAAGACAUGCUAUCUGGAUCCAGUAGUUACAUAACUGAUCUGCCUAUUACUCUUAAGAAAGGAGCUGAGAAGUUUGUAGAGGCAAUGCCUAUGAGUGAACGUAUUGCUUCUAAAUUGGUGAGACAAGAAGAUCUACUGAAGCUGGUGAAGUCAAAGUUCUUUGCAAGUCUCGCCCAGCCAGGGGAGCCUGUAGGUGUACUUGCUGCCCAAUCUGUAGGAGAGCCAUCGACACAGAUGACGUUGAAUACCUUCCAUCUUGCUGGGCGUGGAGAGAUGAACGUGACACUCGGAAUUCCGCGUUUACAAGAGAUCUUAAUGACUGCUGCUGCAGACAUCAAGACGCCUAUUAUGACUUGCCCGUUGCUGAAGGGCAAAACAAAGGAUGAUGCAAGUGCUAUUACUGAUAAGUUGAGGAAGAUUACAGUGGCAGAUAUUAUAAAGAGUAUGGAUGUGUCUGUUAUUCCAUACGCAGUUCAUGAGGAUGAAGUUUGUAGUAUUCAUAAGCUUAAGAUAAAACUGUAUAAGCCAGAGCAUUAUCCGAAGCACACUGAUAUUACUGAAGAAGACUGGGAGGAGACGAUGACGGUUAUGUUUUUGAGGAAGCUAGAAGACGCUAUAGAGACUCACAUGCUUUUGCUUAAUAGAAUAAGAGGCAUAAAGACUGAGAAAGACACCAAUCCAAAAGCUGGAAAUGAAACCGAUGGUGAUGAUUCUGUUAGUGGAAAGCAGAGUGAAGAUGAUGAUGAUGAUGAGGGCGAUGGUACAGAGGUUGAUGAUCUUGGUGCAGAUGCACAGAAAGAGAAGAAUCAAGCAACAGAUGCGGUGGAUUAUGAGGAAAACUCUGAAGAUGAGAAGAACGAACCUUCGUCAGUUAGUGGAGUAGAGGACCCUGAGACGGAUAAUGAAGCUGAUGACGCAGAAGUUAGCAAGGAAGAGAGCCCAGAACCGCAAGAAGACGCAGAUGUUGGCGAGGAAGAGACUGUGGAACCGCAAAAAGAGGUAAAAAGUGUUAAAAAAGGGAGUAAAAAGAAGAGACAGAGAUUUACUCGAGGUAAGUCCGACAGACAUAUCUUUGCGAAAGGCAAGGGAAAGACAUUUGAGGUCCAUUUCAAGUUUCCUACAAAGGAGCCUCAUAUCUUACUUUCUCAGAUUGCUCAGAAAACAGCGCAGAAGGUUUACAUCCAGAAUUCUGGGAAGAUCGAACGGAGCACAGUGGCCAAUUGUGGUGACCCUCAAGUGAUAUACUAUGGAGACAACCCGAAGGAGAGGGAAGAAAUCUCCAACGACGAAAAGAAAGCCUCACCGGCUCUCCACGCAUCGGGAGUUGAUUUCCUAGCUCUCUGGGAAUACCAAGAUAGGCUUGACGUGAGGUACUUGUACAGCAACAGCAUCCACGACAUGCUCAAGACUUUUGGAGUUGAAGCGGCAAGAGAAACCAUAAUCAGGGAGAUAAACCACGUGUUCAAGUCAUACGGUAUCUCGGUGAGUAUCAGACACUUGAACCUGAUCGCAGAUUACAUGACCUUUUCGGGUGGAUACCGUCCAAUGAGCCGUAUGGGAGGAAUUGCAGAAUCAACUUCCCCAUUCUGCAGGAUGACAUUUGAAACAGCGACUAAGUUCAUUGUCCAAGCAGCUACGUAUGGAGAAGUUGACAGGUUAGAAACUCCCUCUGCUAGGAUCUGUCUCGGCUUGCCCGCGCUUUCUGGAACCGGAUGCUUCGACUUGUUGCAGAAAAUGGACCUCUGA